UACUAUUGACUUCAAAGUUUCUUUUUAAUCCUUCCAAAACUUUAAAAUUCAGAUUAUACACAAAAUAAUAUAAAUUCAUUUACAUUCAAUGCAUUUCCAUUUCAAUUUCUAAAUAAUGGCGAAAAAAUCACAAUCUUCUGCUUUACUUUCUCAUCACAAGAACAAAAAUGUCUGGAUCAGACCACAGCGACUCGUUCUUCUAAUCUUCGGAUUCGUUUCCCUCGCUUUUCUAUUUCUAGAUCGCAAAUCACUCGCCAGAGAACACCAGGUGGAGGUUUCGAAAUUGAAUGAAGAAUUGGAUGAGUUACGCAGACAGCUCGAGGAUUUAAGUAAUUUGAAAUCAGGAGUUAAGAACAUUGAUAAGUUUGAAGAUGAUUCGGUUAGUGUUGAGAGACGAGAGAAAGUUAAGGAGGCAAUGGUUCAUGCUUGGAGUUGCUAUGAGAAAUAUGCUUGGGGUCAUGAUGAGCUUCAGCCACAGACACGGAAUGGUAUUGAUAGCUUUGGUGGACUUGGUGCAACUCUAAUUGAUUCUCUUGAUACAUUAUUCAUAAUGGGUCUUCAUGAACAAUUCCAAAGAGCUAGAGAUUGGGUAGCAACCUCAUUGGAUUUCAACAAGAACUAUGAGGCUAGUGUCUUUGAAACAACCAUAAGAGUUGUAGGAGGGCUUCUUAGUGCGUAUGAUCUCUCUGGUGACAAAGUUUUUCUUGAAAAGUCUAGAGAUAUUGCAGAUAGGUUACUGCCUGCAUGGAGUACACCUUCCGGAAUUCCUUAUAAUACAAUUAAUUUAGCACAUGGCAAUGCACAUAACCCUAGGUGGACAGGGGAAAAUAGUAUCCUUGCAGAUUCCGGAACAGAGCAGCUUGAAUUUAUCGCUUUGUCUCAAAGGACAAAAGAUCCGAAGUACCAGCAGAAGGCAGAGAAUGUCAUCACAGAGCUUCGGAAAACCUUUCCUGCUGAUGGUUUGCUUCCCAUAUAUAUUAAUCCUCACACAGGAUUGUCUUCGUAUUCAGUCAUCACAUUCGGCGCCAUGGGCGAUAGCUUUUAUGAGUAUUUACUCAAAGUUUGGGUACAAGGGAACAAAACAGAAGCUGUAAAACAUUACAGAGAAAUGUGGGAGACAUCAAUGAAGGGGCUACAGAGCUUGGUUAGAAGAACAACGCCUUCAUCCUUUACAUACUUGUGUGAGAAGAAUGGGAAUUCUAUGUCUGAUAAGAUGGAUGAGUUGGCCUGUUUUGUACCUGGCAUGUUGGCAUUAGGAUCUUCUGGCAACGAUGAAAAAUUGUUCUCUCUUGCAGAGGAGCUCGCUUGGACUUGUUAUAAUUUCUACCAGUCAACAUCUACAAAAUUGGCUGGAGAGAACUAUUUUUUUCAUCCUGAACAGGACAUGACAGUUGGUACUUCAUGGAACAUUUUGAGGCCGGAGACUGUUGAGUCUCUCUUUUACCUUUGGCGUUUGACCGGCAAUAAGACUUACCAAGACUGGGGUUGGGAUAUAUUCCAGGCCUUUGAAAGGAACUCUCGUGUAGAGUCAGGAUAUGUUGGACUCAAAGAUGUGAACACAGGUGUCAAAGACAACAUGAUGCAGAGUUUCUUCCUCGCUGAGACACUUAAAUAUUUAUACCUCCUGUUUUCGCCUCCUUCCGUCAUCUCUCUAGAUGAAUGGGUGUUCAAUACAGAAGCCCACCCAUUGAGAAUUGUCACUCGACACGAGAAUGCCGAAGUUAGCGGCGGACAGAAUUUGCCAGUUCGGUUUCGCGGUAGGAAGGAGGGUCGUUCAGGACAGGAUUAAUCUACGCAGACUUAGAGACUUAAAUUCUGGAUUGCCCAAAUUUCCCAUUCUCCAGGAGUAUCGGUAUUGGGUUAAAGUCGGCGCUAAUUUAAACAAGGAAUGCUGCUGACUGCCUGAUUCUGCUUCAAACUGAAACUGGUGAGGGCGCAAUUUUUAUUCCAACACAAAUAAGCACGUAGCUUAGUAUAGAUUUGUUACUCGCAGAUUUGUUCAUGUAAUGGUUUUGACACUGCAAACAUGAAAUAUGUGGGGAUGGUUUUGUAAGAUUUAUAGUUAAAUCGAAUUCAUAUAUAUGGUGCUUAAAGAGAGAAACAUAUUAUUCUA